UUCAUCAUGUGAACUUCCUAGACCUAGUAUUUCUCCGUAUUUCCGUGACGGGGACAAGCUGGAACUCAGCAAAGUUCACGUCUGGUUCGACAAAACAAAGUAUAGAGUAGUCAUUCCUUCGUCCAACAUAUUAGAAUCGGAAAUCUCGUUGAUCGCUUAGUGAACAAUUUGAAUCUUCAAGUAUAAACACUAGUCGCAAUACUGAAGCAAUAAUAUGGCGAAUCAAGCAAGUCGCAAAGCCCAGAUAGCUAUCGAUCGCAAAAAUUUUAACGAAGCUUUACCUAAGGUUAUCGAACAAGCCAUUGGACAACUUUCUGAAGAGACCUCGGACGCAACGGAACAUUUGAAGAAGAAUAUUAUGUACAACUUACUCGGAGGCAAGAUGAACCGGGGUUUAACAGUUCUGUCAACUUGGCGACUCCUACUGGGAGAUAAAGAACCAACUGAUGCAGAGUAUUACUGUGCCAUAGUCUUAGCUUGGUGCGUUGAAUUUCUCCAGGCCUUCUUCCUAGUGGCUGAUGACGUAAUGGACCAGUCUAUAACUCGCCGAGGGAAACUAUGUUGGUAUAAACAGGAGGAUAUUGGACUGAUAGCUGUGAACGACGCUGUGAUGUUGGAGUCCUGUGUCUUCAGAUUAGUUGAUAUAAAUUUCAAGGAUAAAAAAUGCUAUGGAAACAUCAUCAGACUAUUCCAUGAGACGACGUCACAAACGGAGAUCGGUCAAACCCUAGAUCUUAUUACAAAACCUGGCGAAAACUUUUGCAAUUUUACAAUGGAAAGAUACAAGGCCAUUGUGAAAUGGAAAACAGCUUUCUACUCAUUUUAUCUUCCUGUUGCUUUAGCUAUGUUUAUGCACGAUAUUACUGACAAGGGACUGCACGAGGCUGCGAAAGAAAUUCUUUUAGAAAUGGGAGAAUUCUUUCAAAUCCAGGAUGACUAUCUUGAUUGUUAUGGCGAUCCAGAGGUAACAGGAAAGGUUGGAACAGAUAUUGAAGAAACGAAAUGUUCCUGGCUGUUAGUACAAGCUCUACAGAGAGUUGAUCAAGAACAGAUGAAUGUGUUGAAGGUAAACUACGGCGUCAACGAUCCAGUCGCAGUAGCAAAAGUGAAAGAAAUUUACUCCAAAUUGAACAUAAAAAAAGUCUACCAGGAUUAUGAAGAAAUUAGUUUUGUAAAGUUGAUGGCACUUAUCGACAAAGCGCCAAGUGAAAUGCCUAAAGAAAUCUUCACUGAACUUGCUGGGAAAAUAUACAAAAGAGAUAAAUAGCGAUAAAGAAUUAUUAAAAUUAAACAUUCAGUUGGAAUUGU